GUCCGCCCUCGCUGACCCUUUUCACCACGUAGGCCUAUCUAGCUAGUCACCAACCAACGAUACACCUCCAUUAGUAUACUAGGUUGCGUCACGUGUGGGACAUGUGACGCACGAGAAUAUCUUCGCAGGUAGGAGCUGGAGCCGAAUCCCUUCCUCCUCUCUCUUCCAUGCUUGAUAUUCUCGUCGAUAGCUGCUAUGAUAGCCAAAUAGCAUUCUCUAUUCUAUCUUGAUUGAGCUCCAUGACACACUGCAGAGUUCUUUCAGAGAUAUUAUAAGCACGUGCUGCUUCACAAAUACUGCAAAUUUCCUGCUUCUUUAAAGCCGAAACUGCUAGUAGGGCUCUACCCUCUUACUCAAUUAAUUCUCUUCGAUUUUGACGCGCUUUUGGAGGCAUGGUGGGUAAUUGAAUUAAGGAAGGCAAAACAACGCGUAGAAUUUUGAUGAGGUGCGGCGCUCGCUAGUGAAAUACAAUACGUUAGUGUAAGUCCGUAUGACGGCAUCUUAUCUUAUCUGACAGACGGAAAGCACCCGCCGCUUUUGUCCGUCCGACACUGUUUUAAACAGCUCUCGCUUUGACUGCCAGCCAUGGUACUGCUGGUAUUUGUGAAUUUCCAAGAUCAAGAAGGAUACUAGUUCAUAGCCAUGCCUCGCACCUUGCCGUGGCUUACUGUAAAUGACAGCAACCAACGCGUCAAGAAGGAAUCAACUCCACGCCAAACACAGGUAAAAAGCGUAUCUUCCGUUGACGCGAAGAAGACAUCCUUUGAACCACUAUCCUCUCCUUCGGAAAAGCGAGACUUUCUGAGAUCUUCUCAAACCCCUCCGACCUCUCCUAUCCAACGAUGCCCCCCGUCCGAAGAAUUCUUAAUUGAAGGAUUAGACAAUGACGACAUCUAUGUAAUGGUCGAGGAUGAGUUCUACGCCGUCGCCCAGACCUUCACCCGAAAUCUCCAUUAUGCCGAAUACGUGCGGAGGAAAAAAGAGGCAAAGUUACGGAAUGAAGCUACCAUUCGGGGCAUUUCUCGACCAACAGAUGGAGUGACUUCCAUGACCGACGAGACGAGGAGGAGGAAAGUAUCCGAAGCACUUUCGGCUCGUCAGAAGGCCGGGCUGAACCAGACGAUGGGAAAGCGUCCUCGCGUCGACUCGGAAGAUGAAAGGGAUGGCCUUGAAGCGGAGGAUGCUGAGGAAGAUGGAGAUGGUCUAUGGGCUGGAACGUCUUUACACAAUCUCAUGAUGAGUCCUAGGAGUGCCCGUUCUCUAGUCGGGUUACAGGGUGUUAAAUCGUCAACAAGGGCAGCUGCUGGAUACUCACAGACAUCUAAUUCCUCUAGAUCUCGGACUGGCAAUGCAGGAUUUUCUUCUCCAUUGCGGAGACCUCAGGCAGAAACACCGCGGCCAGUGCCAAUAGAAGUGGAUGAUGACACUGCUUCUGAAGAAGACGAUGAUGAUCUCAAUAUACCAGCUAUUAAAGAGAGCUCGGUUCGAAAAUCGAUAAGACAACAGCCUCAACACCUUCAGCGAGAUCUGAAGCUAUCUAGGACGAAACCAAAUAGCCCGACAAUGCGUUCCAGCCAUCGGAGAAAUCAUAGUAUAACGGAGUCAGAGACAAGAAAAAGGCACUCGUCAGGUGCUUACAGUGUAAGACGAAGGACAUCACUUUUCAGAGUGAAAAAGGAAAAGCCGUUCGAUGAUUUCGACGGCUUCCUCCAGGACACAGAAAUAUCAUCGUCUACAGACAGAUUCUCAAAAAAGGAUUCUCGAGACGCCGAUUCAGGAUCGAAAAAACCGAAUCUCAAUGAAGUUCCUACUUUUUUGGUGUGAGAAGAAAUCUUGGACACGCUUUGACCAUAUGCGACAUUUGCCGAGCCACGGAGAAAUUAUCGAGCAAACUUGGCGUAUAUAUUCAGGAUCUAAUUCUCCAUUCUUUUCGCCGCCUUGACCAUUUAGCUGUGACUGUUUCUUGAACUUUGGCAGCUGUACGUUGACUGUCUCGCGAAGUUCGUGUGCUGCGAUCUGUUUCUAUGGAUCUCAACCUAGCCGUGGUCUGUUGGGAAAGUGACUCAAAUUCCGGAAAGAACUCUGGCGUUUCUCUUCUAAAGUUGGUUGGCGGGCCCUGGUAUAGGAGUCCCCAUCAGCCCCAGAUACGCAUCAAAGCGAAAUUGUUCUGCUCGGUUAACUCAUAAUUUUGAGUGAUCUGGGUGUCGUGCGAUGUUCAAAGGGCAACUUGAUACGCCGGAUGGCUUCUUCGAAACUGUUCAGCUUCAUUUUUGGGGGAUCUGGGAAAAUUGACUCAAUCGAAAGUGCUGCGGAUCAUCGGAUAUAGAUCGAUUGGCAUAGAGGAUAUCCAAGGGUUAUAUAUACAACUAUUUCCUUCAUCGCUCCCUCUGCAGACUGGGUCAGGUGCCGACUCUCGUGGGACGAAAUUUCGAGAACUUUUUAUCCACAACCGGGGAUUAUAUUCAGGACUGCACUUACAAGGCGCACGAUAUAAUACGUGACACACUUUUCCUCCGUCGGCCAUCUAUCUAUUCUCCGAUAUUCGCUUAUCCCUUCUUGCAUGGCCUUUUAGCGGGAUGUUUUAUUUUGGAUAUUCUUGCUUAUCUCACGUCACUGGGCUCAUUGCUGGAACAACGCAUCGCCUAAAUAAAUCACGAGAUCUGUUAUUGAGGGUAUUCCACGGCAUAAUCUGCUCAGACUGAUCUCCAAUUAGUCCAGGGCUUACAAUUUAUUCAAAACAUGUGACUAGUCAGUUUUAAGGGGUAUGUAUAUGCAUACAAUACUGUCUUUGUCCCUUUCGUUGGGGGGUAAUACGCUAGUAGCCAUGCUCACAUGGCAAGAAUGAAAAUUCCAGCUUGUAAAAAUAGUGUUACAACAGCAAAAAGAUGGCAUCAGUUGACUGCCCG